GCAGGCUACGGCACCGCCGUCCGCGCCGACCAAUGCGCCUUCCACAGCUCCGUGAAGCUGGACGAGUUCGAGAGCAGCCGCAUCCUGAAGGUCACCCCCAGCCAAGGGGAGCUGCCGGUGAUGCAGUACCAGCUGUCAGACGACAUCCCCUGCACCCUGCCCUUCCACCUCUUCCCCACGCUGGAGCGGGACCCCACGGGCAGGCUCCGCGUCUACCUCAAGCUCCGCUGUGACCUGGCUCCCAAAAGCCAGGCCCUGAACGUGCGAGUCCAGCUGCCGGUGCCAAAGGGGGUCGUCAGCCUGUCCCAGGAGCUGAGCAGCCCGGAGCAGAGCGCCGAGCUGCAGCCCAGCAUCAAGGCCAUUCGCUGGGUGAUCCCGCGCGUCCAGGGGGGCUCCCAACUCUCCGCCCUCUUCAAGCUGGAGAUCCCAGGGCUGAGCAGCUCCUCGCUGCUGGAAGUGGGGCCGGUGAACAUGUCCUUCGAGCUGCCCAUGCACACCUGCUCCGGCUUGCAGAUCCGCUUCCUGCGCUUCACGGCCCCACAGGCCGGACUGCCACACCGCUGGGUGCGCUACGUGUCCCACAGCGACUCCUAUGUCCUCCGCCUCUGAGCCCGGCCCCACCGCUGGGUGCGCUACGUGGCCCACAGCGACUCCUACGUCAUCCGCCUCUGAGCCCAGCCCCACCACUGGGUGCGCUACGUGUCCCACACCGACUCCUACGUCGUCCGCCUCUGAGCCCAGCCCCACCGCUGGGUGCGCUACGUGUCCCACAGCGACUCCUACGUCAUCCGCCUCUGAGCCCGGCCCCACCGCUGGGUGCGCUACGUGUCCCAUGGCGACUCCUACGUCCUCCGCCUCUGAACCCAGCCCCACCACUGGGUGCGCUACGUGUCCCACACC